UCCAUUUAGAAACACAUACUUGUAGGUCUUCUGUACCACUCACAUUCUUCAUCAUGAGUUACGGUGGUCACUCCUCUGCUGGAUCACACCAUGGAAGCUGCCAUGUUGGAAGUUAUCUGUCAAAGAUCCCAAGCCACACAUAUGGUGUUCCUCAUGGGGGAUCUUCAAUUAGCCAUCAUGGAGGAUCCCACUCUUCUCACCACCAUGGUGGAUCUCAUGCUUCUUAUCACGGAGCAUCCCACGCUUCUCAUCACCAUGGGGGUUCUCAUGCUUCUCAUCAUGGAGGAUCCCAUAAUUUACAUCAUGGAGGUUCCCAUAUUUCUCAUCACCACGGGGGUUCUCAUGCUUCUCAUCAUGGAGGAUGCCAUAAUUUACAUCAUGGAGGUUCCCAUACUUCCCAUCAUGGAGGCUCCCACAGAUUCCAUUCUACAGGUUCUCAUAGUUCUCAUCAUAGAGGAUCCCAUGCCACCCACCAUGGAAGUUUCCAUAAAGUCCAUCAUAGUAAUCACUAUAGAGCCCCCAGUGUACAUGGAGGAUCAGGAGGCAAAGGAAUCUCCAUAUCCAAGCACAUUCAUGGAGGUGCUCACAGCAGCAGCCAUAAAAGUCAUCAUGGUUUGUUCAAUGUCAACGGGAAGGAAACCAUGCAUCAUUUAAAUGAUCGCUUGGCCUCCUACCUGGACAAAGUCGGCUCCCUAGAGCAACAGAACGCCCAGCUUGAAAGGAAUAUCCGGGAGUGGUAUGAGAGGAAUCAGCCCAGCACUUUACCUGACUACAGCUGCUUCUUCAGAAUCAUUCAAGAGCUUCAAGGCCAGAUUUCCUCAACUUCUGUGGAAAAUGCCAGAAUUGUAUUACAAAUAGACAACGCUCGUCUAGCAGCAGAUGACUUCAGAAACAAGUAUGAAAUGGAACGCCAACUGGCAAGCAGUGUUGAGGCUGAUGUGAAUGGACUUCGAAUACUCCUGGAAGAACUUAACAGGGAAAUAUGUCAGCUACAGGCACAAGUAGAAAACCUUCAGGAGGAACUGCAGCUAAUGAAGAGGAAUCAUGGGGAGGAAGUCAACGCUUUGCAAGCUCAGUUGGGUGCCAGGGUCAAUGUGGAAAUGGAUGCUGCUCCAUCGACUGAUCUGAAUAGAACCUUGUUUGAGAUCAGAGAGCAGUAUGAGAAUCUAAUGGAGCGGAAUCUUAGAGAGGUGGAAACUAUUUUCCGACAACGGACUGAGGAACUGAAUCGUGAAGUUGCUUCUGGUUCUGAACAACUCCAGUCUGUACAAACUGAAGUCAUUGACUUGAGACGUACCAUCCAAACCUUGGAGAUCGAACUGCAAAGCCAGCUCAGCUUGAAAUCAGCUCUAGAAAACACCUUGGCAGAGACAGAAGCCACAUUUGGGGCUCAACUUGUCCAAUUACAAUGUUUGAUCAACAAUGUAGAGUCCCAGCUGGCCCAGAUCCGAUCUGACCUGGAACGUCAGAAUCAGGAAUACACGAUCCUAAUGGACCAAAAGACUCACCUGGAGAUGGAGAUCGCCACCUAUAAGCGCCUAUUGGAGGGUCAUGAUAUCCACACUUCAAGUCAAAGUUUUCUAGGAGACAGCCAUGGAUCUCACCACACAGUGAAAGUUCACCAUGUGGCUAGCCCCUCUCAUCAUCAACAUCAUCAAAGUCAUCAUCAGCAUCAUAAUCACCAUAAUGUUUGCUAAUGUGUUUCUGACUCUUCUGGAGAACCCUGUGGAUUAUCCUAUCUCUAGAAAGUCUUUUGGUGUCUUCCUCUGUUUUCUUCUUAUGUGGCCUUCAGUAUCUGCUUUACCUAGGCAAAACUUGGCAUGAGACAUGAACUAGAUCCACCAGGAUACAAAGUAGAUACAACUGAAAUUAUGCAAGGUUUAGGAUUAGUUAGAUACAGUAUCUGUUCAUCUUUAGAGGUUGGUGGUAAACUAUUCAAGAUUACCUAAAUUGUAAGUUAAUGAUGUUAAGCUACGUGUUACAAAAAGUAUGGAGUUCAGGUCUUUGAACACUUUUAAAGAUCCCAAAUGAAAGAAGAUAUUUUUGUGUACCCAACAUUAUUUAGAGGUUUACAUUAUGCUAGAGCAUAAGAUAUGACUUUUUCAUUCACUUUUUUCUUGGAGCACUUUCAAUACUUUUAGGGCCCAGGCCCAUUCAUCACAAUAAUGUGCAGAUGUUGUGCCAACAUGUAGUGCAAUGUGCUGCAAUGCUAUUUAUUGUGCAACGGCAUUGAAUGCCAUCCAAAUGCACAAACCGAAUGCUACUAUGCUAUAGUAUGAUGCAGUACACCACAUGGUACAAUAGGGGUUACGUUUUAGUGCUUUGGAGAAUCAAUAGAGUGCCUGGGACCUAUUCAGAACAAAUUACCUGUAGUAAUGGAGUUUACCACAAUGCCCUAAAAGUAAGUUUUGGUGAAUGUGCUCCUGUAACACUUUCAAGCGUAAAAAGGCCCCUAUGGUACAUAUAGUUGCAAUGCAGUUUGCUUCACUCAGAAGAAGUGUGUUGUUCCAUUAUACGUAAUUUUGAAUUACAAUGAUCAUAUGCAAAAUGAGUUAGAAUAUGAACCAGUCUGAUCAGUAUAGAAUAUAAUAUGAAUUUUUGCUAAAUUCUCCUUCGCAAUGUAGUUUCCUAUUAAAAAGACCAAAAAAAAGGAUGUGCCUAUAGUAUGUGAAUGCACAUAUAAAACACGUGCUUAAUUCAAGUGGAACUCUAGUUUUCUGUUGUAACUUUUUUUUAUUUUUUAUUUUUAACAUAAUCCUGUGCAGAUUAAAUUUAUUAUAAAGAAUCGGUUUCAUAAUAAUAUAUUUUAAAAUAUGAAUAAAAUAUGCAUAUUAUAUUGUGGUGGACAAACUAAGCCCUAGAUUCUGGUUAUUUUGAAUGUUUUAGGAUUAUUGUGACUAUAUAUAUAUUCUGGUGUACUACUGCAGCAAUCUGGUGGAUUUUGAUCAUCAUUCUCUUGUCCUUGUCACCUACUAAUUUUUCAAUAAAACAAAUCCUAUCUUGUUCAUGCAA